CAAUUAUUUAUAAUCGUCACCGAGUCUCCUCCACACACUCACUCACACACAAUCGUAUCCGUACGAAUCUCUCCCUCUCUCUCUCUCUCUCUCUCAUAAUUGAGCCUUCAAAGAAGAAAAGGCCAAUGGGGCAAAACGACGACGGUCCGCGAGAUCCAGAACUGGCCGCAGCAUACACUCCCUUGCCGGAAAAUCCCACCGCCGGCGAAUCUCCUACCAUUUCACGGAGACCCUUCAAGGGUCUCUCCUCAAUCAUCUUCUCUCUCAUUACCAUCUCCUCGUUCGUCGCCCUCGUAAUGAUGAUGGUGAUGACGUCACCUCACCAAGGCCAUGACCAUGACCAUGACCCAUCAUCAUCAUCAUAUGAUGACGUGGCGAGAGGGGUAAGGGAGGGAGUAUCGGCGAAGUCGAAUCCGGCGUCGUAUCGGGGAGGGGAAGACGGAGUCUCGUUCGAUUGGACAAACGCAAUGUUUUCAUGGCAACGAAGUGCUUUCCAUUUCCAACCUGAGAAGAACUGGAUGAAUGAUCCUGAUGGUCCAUUGUACUACAAAGGAUGGUACCACCUCUUCUACCAGUACAAUCCCGAAUCAGCGGUUUGGGGCAAUAUCUCGUGGGGCCAUGCUGUAUCAACGGACAUGAUUCACUGGAUGUAUCUCCCGUUCGCUAUGGUCCCCGACCAAUGGUACGACGUUAACGGUGUCUGGACCGGAUCCGCCACCAUCCUACCGAACGGUAUGAUCAUGAUGCUUUACACCGGUUCUACAGUUGGUUCGGUACAAGUUCAGAAUCUUGCGUAUCCGGUUAAUCUCUCGGAUCCGUUGUUAUUGGAUUGGGCUAAGUAUCCGGGUAACCCGGUUAUGGUCCCGCCACCCGGUAUUGGGACUAAAGAUUUUCGUGACCCAACUACGGCUUGGUUGGGGCCCAAUGGGAAAUGGAGGGUUGCAAUUGGUUCGAAGGUUGGUAAAACAGGUUUGACUAUGGUUUACGAAACCACAAAUUUCAUAUCGUAUGAACUCGUGGAUGAGGUUCUACACGCGGUUCCCGGCACGGGUAUGUGGGAAUGCGUGGAUUUCUUCCCGGUUUCGGUUAACCAGUCGGUCGGUUUAGACACAUCGGCAAAUGGGUUUGGAGUAAAACACGUGUUGAAAGCUAGUUUGGAUGAUACGAAGCAAGACGUGUAUGCAUUAGGGACGUAUGACCCGGUUAAGGGAAUUUGGAUACCCGAUGACCCGGAAAAAGACGUGGGUAUUGGGUUACUUGUGGAUUACGGUAGGUAUUAUGCCUCCAAGACGUUCUAUGAUCCGAACAAGAAGAGACGAAUACUAUGGGGUUGGAUCAAUGAAACAGAUACCGAAGCCGAUGAUCUACGAAAGGGAUGGGCAUCUCUUCAAACGAUUCCGAGAACGGUGUUGUAUGAUCCGAAAACGGGAAGCAAUAUGUUACAGUGGCCGGUUGAGGAGGUAGAGACAUUGCGGCUGAACGGUACCGAGUUCGACGGAGUAGUGGUUGAGCCCGGUUCGACCGUACCGGUUAACAUUGGACCGGCAACUCAGUUGGAUAUUAUCGCCGAAUUCGAGACAGAACCGGUUGGUUCAACUGUGGAGAAUGAGUUAACCGCAGAUGCCGGUUGCCACGGUGGAGCCGCGGACCGGAGCAGCUAUGGACCGUUUGGGCUGUUGGUUUUGGCCGAUGACAAGUUAUCCGAGCUAACCCCCGUAUUUUUCCGACCCACUUCGGCUAAUGGUCGGUCCAAAACAUAUUUUUGCAACGACGGAACAAGAUCGUCGAAGGCUCCUGACGUGUUCAAACAAGUCUACGGGAGCACAGUUCCCGUGCUUGUAGGAGAGAAAUAUUCCAUGCGAGUGUUGGUGGAUCAUUCGAUCGUGGAAAGUUUCGGACAAGGCGGUAGGAUUGCGAUAACGUCUCGGAUUUAUCCGACAGAAGCAAUUUAUGGGAACGCACGUUUGUUCUUGUUCAACAACGCUACUGAUAUUAGGGUUAAGGUCAAACUUGGGAUUUGGCAGCUCAAUUCUGCAUUUAUUCAUCCUUUUUCUUUUGAUAAUAUCCAGAGCGUUUAACAUAUAUAUAUUUAUGAGAGUAAAAAAUAUUGAAUUAACAAUAGCCGUGAUUAUCGUAAUGUAUUUAUCCAUCCUUUGUUAUAGUUAUUAUAAUGUCUUUUUGUUGUUGUUGUGAUAUA